AUGCGGUCUACACUCCUUCAACCCCCCCUUUCUGCAGAUGCAGUAUCUCUAGCGCCUCGUUCUGCGGGCCUCACGGGCGCCUUAUCACUACACGAUUAUCGCAGACAGCUUGCGUCGACCGAGUUCCUGGACGACCCUGUCGAUCGCCGCGACAAAAUCUUGAAACGCAAACCCGCUACUGUAAAUCUCAAGCGUUCUCCAACGCCUCCAAGUCUCCCUUUGUACGCUGCUUCAAUCGAUUCAUCGCGGGCUUCCAGUCCGCCGCCAUUGUCUCCUUCGUAUUCGCAGAGUGUAGUAUCGCAGCGGAGUGAGCAAGACGACGCCUUUGAUCUACCGUCGGCGUCCUUUCCUAUUCAGGCACCACGAGUGCAUGUCUCGGACCUGAAGCGCCCCAGGCCUAAUAGGAAACGACUGAAUACUUUCCGCGAAAAGCUUCGGCAGAGGCAGAUCCAGGCACAGGCCCAAACUCUGCCUCCGGUUUCCCAGACAUCCGACGCGAUGCUGGCUAGCACGCAGGCCGUUGCCACCAUCUCCCACGAGGGGACUUCUUUUGACAUUCUUAAUCCGCGAAAGUCACUGGACCUGGCAAGAAUUGUUUCUUUCAUUGAAGACGUCGAUACUUGCCCGUUUCUCCCCGGAGACCACACACGAGACUCUCGGAUGUCUAGCACUUUCACGAUCGACGAGACAAUGGAACGGGCGUCUCUCUCCCAAUUCACGGAUGCCUCAUUGCCAUCCCCUUAUUCCUCUCGAUCACUGUAUACCUCCCUUUCGUCAACGUACAGCAUGGCUAAAGAUCAAGGCAUUCCCUCAUCUUCACCGCGAAUGCAUGAUCGAGUCCGCUCUUUAUCCGACUACUCCCUCCACGGAGGGAACUGCUGGCCCUAUAGUUCCCCUAAUCCUGAUGAUCAAAACUACCAUGACCUGAAGAACAUGACGAAACCCCCCCAAGGGCCAGCUCAGCCUGAGGCUGAAGCCGAGCCAUCACGGCCCAUCCCACCAUCAUCCCCAACAUUCUCCUUCGAAAGCGAGAUUGGGGAGCCAGGCUCUCCCGUCUACGCAAACGGCGAAUGGUCCAACGUUGACGAGCGUGACCGCGGCAUCUUGCUCGAUGAGCGGCCGCCUUCUCCCUACGACACCUAUUACGAAAAUACCAUGUCCCCAACCUAUGCCCAACAUUACGACCCUGACGACCCGUACUCUCCCAUCUUCUUUGAUCCCCAUGUUCAAUCCGUGCUGGCCGCGGCCAACGCUGAGAACAUGGGCCUCCGCGGACAUCCUGCUAAAGCGCUGGACGAUUUGCAGCGGAAGUUUCAGAAUUCCGUUUCCCUGGCUGGGGACGGAAAAGACGGGAAGUCGUUAUCACAGCGAAGACGAUUCCGGAAAUUGUUCAGCUGGAAGUCGUGA